AUGUGGAAUUUGUCUUUCCCUGACGACAACACACAUACUAGCGAGUUUUAUGAACUAAACGGAUCAAAAAUGAGUGUGAAGUUGAUGCAUAAGGAAUCGUAUUUCAAUAUGGCCAGUUUACCCCACUUAAAGUCACGAGCUGUUAAAAUACCAUUUAAAAACCCGAAGUUUACGUUAUUAGUUGUUCUCCCAGAUGUAAACAACGGAUUGCCUGAUUUAUUGAAUUCGAUGUAUAAACAUGGUGGAAUUUCUUCAAUACUAUCCAGUAGUUUUCAAAAUACGAAAUUGCAGUUGUAUUUGCCUAAAUUUAAAUUGAGAGAAGGUCGUGCCUUAAAACUGAAAGAUCAUCUACGGAAAUUGGGAAUAAACGAUGCAUUCUGUCCUUUAUCAGCUGACUUUUCAAAUGUUUCUAACUCAUAUCGAAUGUUUAUAUCAUAUGUGAUGCAUAAAGCUAUUUUUGAGGUAGAUGAGAAAGGUGCAGUGGCGGCUGCAGCUACAGCAACACAAAUGGUUAGAUGCACAGCUUUUAUAUCUCACAAACCUGUACCGGAAUUUCGUGUUAAUCAUCCAUUCUUCAUUUCAAUAAUUUGGAAUGAUUCUUUACCAAUAUUUCUUGGACAUGUUACAUCACCAUUGAAUCACUGA